GCUCCUCUCUGUGGUCUCGAAACAGAAGUAAGACACUUUCAGAGCGCGAGAGAGCCCCUCGCGAGCGACAGACCAUCGGGAACCCGGCGCAUGUUGCUCCUCACGAGCGGCUGCAGCGCCCCCCCUUCAUGCCCGUCGACAUGCUGCCUCUCUUCCUGUCCCCGUCCUCUGAGGAUUUCCUCUACGCCUCGUCUCCUGAAAUCCGAGAAACGUCUUCGGCCUGUGGCGGCCCGGCUGGGGUAGACCCAUCCUGCAGGAAGACCAGGAAGCAGGUGACAUUUGCAGACCAUCGGGGCCUCUCUCUGACCCGGGUCAGGGUCUUCUGUCCGUUCAGCGAUGUCCGGAUCCCCCUGAGGGUCUGGCAGAGUCUCAGCACCUCCCUUCAGGACUCUCAGGACCCUCUGGUCCUGGACUUCGACCCGCCGGCCUCAGACUACCUGAGUUUCCGGUGGCGGCUGGAUUCGGGCCUGGUGUGUCUGGCCCGGUGUGUGCUGGGGGGGGGGCUGCUGAGCGGGACGGUGCGGGUCAGGAACGUGGGCUUCCAGAAGGCGGUGAGGCUGCGGCUCACGCUGGAUGGCUGGCGGACUCACCGGGACCUGGACUGCGACUUUGUGAUAGACCCGUACCCAAGCGCCGGCAGCGACUCCUUCUCCUUCAGCGCCGAGCUGCCCCCCCGACUGCAGCACGCAGAGUUUGCCGUGUGCUACCAGGUGGGGGGGCAGGAGUACUGGGACAGCAACCAGGGCCAGAACUACCGCAUGGUCCCGGCCUCCAUGAAGACCCGCCGCCCCCCCCACCAGCGGGUCUGACUGCGACCGGUACGGCAGCCCCUCCCGCUCUCACGGGACCCUCCCUGAUUGGCCGAGCUACGCCGGGUACGAGAACACGGGGCCGUACUACUGACAGGAAGUGAGGUCACGUGACUUUACUGACCAAGCCUCUCGAGAGAAACAACUCGACUAAAAACCUGCAGCUGGACCGGGUCCAGCUGGACCGGGUCUGCUGGGUCCUGCUCAGAAUGAAAUGUAAUAACCAGAGGAGAGCAGUUUAUUUGAGAGGCUGAAACUCCUGCAGGAGAGGUUGUAUUUUAUGAUCUCUUUCUGCAGCCUUCAGGCAGCUCCUCCGCUGACGGGGAGCAGCUCCUCCGCUGACGGGGAGCAGCUCCUCCGCUGACGGGGAGACAUAGAAACCUUUAACUGUGAAUUGAUUUUUAAUAUUUGCAGAUUUCUCAACCCUUUAUCUCUGCUCCCAGCCGGCUCCCAGAGCCCAGGUUACACCAGACCCAACAUCAGCCUGACUUCCGCAGAAGCACGAGUUCAGAGUCUCAGUGAAUAUUCAUUUAUUCUUAUUUUAAAUGAUAUCCCAUCAUGUGAUCACUGUUUAUCUGAGAAAUGCUGCUCAAUAAGAUCCUUUUUAAUUAUUAAAUGUCAUUAAAUGUUUGAAAUGUAUUUGCUGUCUGUACAAAGGGAUGAAAA